AUGGCAUCUCCAAACCCCUACUCCCACUCCCCACAGCUUCCGCAGCGCGAAGAGUCCCCUUACCAAGAAGACCAAUACCAAUCAUCUCUUUCCUUCCGGUCUACAUAUCCGUUCCGAUCCUCACGAGGGGCCGGGUCCGGUACCGGUCUCGUUCUCGGCCACGGCCACAGUCCCGGGUUCACUAGUAGUCUCCGGGGCGGAGGCGGAGGCCCGGCAUCCGAACACCGAUACGGAUCCGGAUCCGGAUCUAGAGACGGCAGCCAUGACGACCUUCCCCAAAGGCCACUAUCAUCCACCACCUCAUCCACCGUAACCCCCCGGCAUGCCCCAUUACUUCCCAAACCAAAACCAACCUCCAUCCCCGAAACCCUCUGGUCCCUCCAAAUCCCUCUCUACAUCACCCACCAAUCACACCCAAAAACGCCCUACAUCUGCUCGGUCCCGCGGUUCAGUUAUCUCGCGUUGCUGCUGCCCCGGCUGACGGCCUACUACGGCACUCCGUGCUCGAGUUUUCACCAUGAGGAAGUCCACCUGCGUAACUUGAGCGUCGGACUGCUGGUGGAUCUGUACCAGCCGAGUGAAAUGCCGUGGAGGUUGGUGGUGGGCGAUGGGGAUGGGUGGGAUAUUUGUGAUACUUUUAUGAAUAGUGCUAAGGAGGCGGAUUUUAUCCGAAAUGGAAAUGCAAAACGGAUCAUGGGUUUGAGUAAAGAGCAUACGACGGCGUUGUGGAAUGCUGUGCAGGAUAAUGACUACCAAGCCUUCACAAAAGUAAACACCCACCUCCUCAACGCCCCCACAGCUCUCAAAAACGUUCCAAUACGCAUUUACAUCCCUUCCUCACCACCUUCAUCGGACAACAACAAAACCCAAGCAGCCGGCUCUUACCGCGUGAUGCAAACCCUUGUUCCUCCACGGGGUUCAAAUAAUCGCCAAGCCCUUAAAUCCCUCCUACCCGCCCUCUUCCCCAGCAGCCGGGACCCCGUCCUGGCAAACGUCAUCUUGCACGGAGCUCCCGUGCCCUUUUUGGCACCGCUGGAGGAGUUGAUGAGGGACGCGGCGUAUCCGGAUGGGUGGCUUUGUUUGAUUGUUGUUUUGUUGUGA